AUGUCCACCUUCGCAGCGCCUCGGCUUCGAUCUCUCUACCGCUCGUUCCUGCGCGAGCUUCCUCCCCGACCGAUCCUCUCCAAAACACGAUCGCCUCUCCACCAACGUCUUCGCGAGCACUUCCGCCCCGAAACCACCCCUGAACAAGCUGUUGCGCAAGCAGAGCAGUACCUUGCAUACGUCCGCGCGCAGAGGACGUACGUCACGUUACUGGAGAGGUACAACCCUGGCAUGGGAAUGGACGAGGAGGAGAGGGUGCGCCUUUCGGCCAGGAGGGUUGGCAUGAAUCUGCCCAUUGAGUUUGGAAAAGAGAAAUGA